UUUUGAAGCUGAAACGUGAAAGACACGUCUUGCGCUUCUGUGAUCCAAACUGACCCAAACUGCAAACAAGACUUGAGUCUCAAGUCGUUGAGAAACUCGUAGAGGACUUCUUUAUAUUGUUUGAUGAUAGCAGCAUUAUGACCGUAUACAACCUGUAUAUCUUUGAUAGAGAUGGCACAUGCUUAUACUAUUCGGAAUGGAAGAGGAGAAGAAAUGCAAACAUGUCUCGUGAAGAGGAGUACAAGUUAGUGUACGGAAUGCUAUAUUCAGUGAAGUCGUUCAUUUCCAGAAUAUCGCCGCGAGAUGCGAAAGAUGAGUUCUGCAGCUACUCCACCAGUAAAUACAAGCUCAACUUUUACGAAACACCGAGCGGACUUAAGUUUGUCCUAAACACGGAUCUGGGUGUGGGCAAUAUUCGCGAAACCAUGCUUAGCCUCUACUCCAAGGUAUACGUGGAGUAUGUCGUCAAGAACCCAAACGUACUUCCCAAAGAGCCCAUUGAAAGCCAGCUCUUCAGCAGCAAGCUGGACGACUUCAUCAAGCAGCUGCCAAUUUUCUAAAUGCCCAACUACAUACCACCGUCAAGAUCCCUCCAAAUAACUCUGUACAUGCACCUGUAAAUAUUCUUGCAUGACGCUGCGCAUUGCCUGGAGCAAGCACCCGUGUACAUACCAACCGGCAUUCUCGUUUUUUGAACAUACCUCUCCAUACCUACUAGUACUAGCUCCUACCUUGUGCAAGCUUGAGUAGUGUACAUAAACAGACUACAUGUGUGUGUGUGUGUAUGUGUGUGUGUGUGUGUGUGUGUGUGUGUGUGUGUGUGUGUGUGUGUGUGUGUGUGUGUGCGUGUGUGUGUGUCUGUGUGUGUGUGUGUGUAGGUAUAGGCGUGUAUGUGUAUGUACACCACACUGUAGUACUCUCAAGCUUGUACUUAGAACACUCAUGAAAUCUAUCACCACUACAUACCUAACCAUUGUUGCAAUCUUGUAUACUUGCAUUUUCCAUUAUUGCUGUUUUGUUCUCGUCAUCCAAAGCGGGUGAUAGCUAUUAUACCGGUUUGUGUAUCUUCCAUUCUGCCUUUAAAAAAUUGUGUGAUCAUUUUCUACAUUGAUAUCUUUCAAAAGCCA